AUCCCCUCUUGCUCUGUUUUCUCCCUCCCUCUCUAAAGUUGCACAUGGUUUCUGUCUGAGGAGGUUUAGUUUCCUUGGGCUCUGGAUGGGAGAGGUAUGAUGCCAGAAAUCUGCAGGCAAACACACGUUUAAAACUUUGGAGCUUUGAUUAUAGCAGUGAUAGACGAGCAAGAAUAUUUAAAAUAAUCUAGACAUCAGAUUGUUUUUUAUGUUUCGUAGGCAUUUUUUGCCCAUAUGGAAUAAUAUUUAAUGUGGCUUUAUCCUGGAGUCUUUGCUUGUUGUUCACCAAUUUUCAAAUAUGUGAAAGUAAGACAUUUUUGGAAUUUUGGGCCUUUUUUGGAAAACUAGAAAAUGCUUCAGGAAUGAGUUUGCUGGCAACAUUGCAGACUACCUUUUGUUGUUGUUCCUGGACCAUUGCUUUGUGAAAGAAAAGUACAGAGGACUACAGUAUCACCACUAUCAAGUUCAGCAUCAGCAAACUAGACCACAAGUUGUUUGUAAAGGACUCUUGAGCAAGGAAUCAUGAAAGAUAACUAUGGUGGGUACGAGAACCAGCUUUUCAAAGAGGAGGAUUUCACUGGAGAGGAGGAAAUGCCUUCAUUUAGAGGUCGUAGCAGAGGCGGCUGUAUGAGGUGCCAGCAGAGCCACUCUCUCCAGCUGGCCGUCAAAGUCCUUUAUGGAUUUGUUGCAUUACUCAUCAUUACUGUAGCAGUACUAGCUUCCCUUGUGUUCAGGAAGGUUGACACCCUGUCUGAGGAGGAGUCGGUCUACCACAACACGAUAACCCGGGUUCAGCAAAGAAUAGAAGGUCUGAGCUCCACCUCUAACUGUUCCGGCUGUCUGGAUGUGACUCUGUACAGCGAGGAGAUCAGCAGGCUGAAGAGGGAGUUUGAAGACAUCCAGAAAAUGAUACUGGGACAGGAGCAGAUCCUCGACCAGGCCACCCAGACCCAGACCACACUAAAGACCACCAGCAACCGGCUGACACGCGACAUGCAAAACCACCUCAUGUCGAUCAAACUUCUCAACCAGUCGCUGGAAAGAUACCUGGAUCGGGUGGAAGGCUGGAAGGACGUAAUCGAGGAAACUGAAGAGAAAAUGAAGACGCUGGCAGAGGAUCAGUACGAUAUCAAAGCCACAGCGCAGCAAGUCAACACGACGGUGGCACUCAGUACAAUGUGGAUCGAUGCCCUGCAGAGGAAAGCAGAAGAGGAGACUCUGGUCCUCCAGAAGUUGACCACUGACUGGCAGGACUACAGCCGAGUUCUGAGCACUAUCAAAUCCAACACCAGCAGCACCACGCAAACCAUGCGUUUCCUCCAAAACAACAUUGUAGCAGAUCACCAGAGAAUCGCCAUGUCCACUGAGGUGUACUACGACCUCACCCAACAGGUGAUGAACCUGCAGAUGCAGCUUGACAAUGUGACGUCUUUCAUGGAUGAACACGAGGAGAACAUGCAUGACCUUCACUACCAUUCCAGGUACUAUGAGAACCGGACAGGUGAGCGUUUCUCUGCAUCGGAUGGUCGUCUAAACUCCAUCUCGAUGGAGAUCGACACAAUCUCCUCCAGCAUCAACGCCACCGUGAGCCACGUCCAGAGCAUGUACAAGUACAUCAACAUCGAGAGCUCGUCCUGCCAGAGUCGCAUGGGCAGACACGCUGAAGAUCUACAGAACUUGAACAACACGGUGUUGCUACUCCUCCACUUGUCUGACACACUGAGACAGCAAAACAUGCUGUUAAAUGUCCGACUGGACAUGGACGUCAGGAACCUGUCCAUGGUGAUGGAGGAGAUGAAACUUGUGGAUGUUCACCAUAUCCAGCUCAUAAAGAACUUCACUAUACUAAAAGGUGCUCCUGGAGUACCAGGGCCCAAAGGGAACCGUGGUGAGACUGGCUCAAAAGGACCCAUGGGACUGACUGGGAGUAAAGGGGACCAAGGCCCUAUAGGAGUCCGUGGGACGGCCGGAGAGAAGGGUUCUCCUGGGCCCAAAGGAGCACCAGGUGAAUCAGGCCCCAGUGGCAAUAGAGGGGCAGUAGGAAUCAAAGGAGCUAAAGGGUCUCUUGGCCCGCCAGGACCAGCUGGUGAGAAAGGCCAGAAAGGUGACCUUGGCCCCUCAGGUGUGGAAGGCCCCCCAGGAGCCACAGGUGCUCCAGGGAUCCAGGGUCAGGCAGGAUUACCAGGCAUCGUUGGGCUUCCAGGAGCAAGGGGGAAACCAGGGCCAGUAGGGCCAGCUGGACCACCUGGAACCCCUGGACCUCCAGGUUUGCCUUACCCCCAUGUCCGAACCCAGCAGUGGACCGUGACUCCUGCUGCUUAAGAGACAGUAGAAAGAUGGACAAAGACGUGGACUCAGAGGUGAUUUGUCCGGUACAACAAAGAAUUAUUGACAGAUAGAUGAAGGAAAUCAUCCAUUGUGACUGGAGACGCAAUCAUCUAUUUCUGUGGGAUUAUGCAAGACAAUUGAGAACUUAUGAACAAGUGCGACAAAUCAAAUUCAAGAUGGCGCUUUGAAGGAGGCAUUGCCCUUAUAUUAUGACACGGUCACAUGAAAGGAACCAAGAGGAAGGUUGAGAAAAUAGAAAACAGAAUUGAACUGUUGUUGAAAAGUGAGAACGAAGAAGGCCAGAAAUGGACUGUGGACGGACAUGAACAUGGUGGAGAAAACGGCCACAACACGUGUCUCAUUACUACUUUUGAUGAGUGUUUCCUUGUAAAUAAAAGCCAAAGAAUACCAAAAGACAACAAGCUUCGUCCAUAUGUGAUGACAUAGUAUGAGUGUUUACCAGAACUGAAACUUAGAUGAUGAGAUUAAAAGAAAUAAAAUAACACAUGUGUUAGUUGAUUGUACUGGAAGCGAUGAAAAUAUUUGAGGUUGUUGUCAAGCCACCAAAUUCUCUUGGGGCAUAAUAACUAGGAGGGCUGUGAACCACAUAUUUGGACUAAAGUAUUGGAGUUUUCACAUCCAGACUACUUAAAGGUUUACAUUCCCAUGCACUACUAUAUGGGCACAGAAAAUAUAUCUUUGUUUUUACAUUAUGUACACGUUUCCACAUCCUUUUCUAAUGGCUGGCACUUUAUUGAUUCUUAAAGUGUGAAAACCUUUGCAGGCAUUUCAGAGCAGGUACUCUGAAGACAUUUCUUUCAUCUUCUGGACAAAGCUGUCCGUUUAUGAUAAGGGUUUAAAUGAAUGGCCUCUGAAUUUGUGCUCUGAUGAAAUUUGGUUUACAUUGUUUGUAACGUUUGCUUCUAUUGUUGCUGUAACAGUGAAGAAAGUAACUCUCUUGUUGAUUCCCGUUGAAGCAAUUGUGAAAUAAUUUUAGGAAAGACACUCGGGCCCUUUCAGUUCCUUGAGAAGAUGGAUACCACUCUACCUUAAAAAUGUGGUAUUAAUCUUCUUAUCUAACUCAUAGAAAGAAACUAAAUAAGCAUAUUUCACAAAAUUUUGAGCUAUUCCUUUUAGUAGGCUAGGAAGGUUAUGAAACUCAUUUACCACAUAAAUGAAUAACAAUGUUUUGUUUGAAGUUUUAAACUAUCAAACACCAGACUAUUAACACUUCUGAUAGCAGAAUAAUGACUUAUACAGUAGGAGGUUUUAGGUUUUAUGAUACAUACAUAAUCAUUUAUAUUACAUCAAAAACAUCUUAUAAAAAGGGGAACGUACUAUUUUUGUAAACCUGUGUGUUGUAAUGAGAUGCGACUGGCUUGCAUCAAACUUCAAUAAAGCUUUUUUAACACUC